AUGUCGUCUCCGCCUGCAACCCGGCUUAUUCGACUCAAUGCACGAGAUAAUGAACCGGUGUCUGAGCCACAAGCCGAGGAAAGAGAGAUGUGCUGUGAAAAUGGAGACAAUGGCAGAGCUAAAUCGUUAGGCUCUAUGCCAAGCAUUGCUCAGCUGGAUGCUGAUAUGCCCCUUGAGCAUUCGAUUCAGCUUCCAAUUGAACUAUGGGAGAAGGUGAUUGAUGUUCUGGCGGACGAAUGGGUCGAUGUGUUGUGGCGUGACGUGCCAUAUGAAGCGAGGCUGCGUGUACUAGGAAGGGUAUGUCGGGGGUGGUAUGCCCGAUGCCGCUUUCGUACUUGCGAGAGGCUUGAUGUACAUCGCAUGGACAAGACAGAGGUCUAUCACCUCAUCAACAAACUGAACCAGGACACCAAGCGCUGCCAUGCCAUCAGGACAGUCUCAUUCCAUUUCCAGGGGAAGUCGAUGAGCAUCUUUGGGACAUUUGCUGUGUGCAUGGCACAGAAACUGCCCUCAGUCAAGCAUCUCCUACUCAGGGGGUGCGAGUGGGAGCCUCGACAGCUGCAUGCGCAGGUCUUCGUCCACAUCACUCUCGCAUUCGAGUCAGUCAGGAUGCUCGAGCUCGAGAGGGUGCGAGUCCCGUCUGCGGUAGUGUUUGGCCGGCUUCUGCGUGCACUUCCGCGGCUGUCGUCCCUCAAAUGCUGGGAUGUGUCCUUCAACAAGCAUAGCGAUGUUGCGGGCCGAAUCUGGAAAUUAUAUCCCCUCCGGCUCGACGCUGCCGAAAUGGUAGGCAGCGAUGAUGUCGUUGACUUCCUCAUCUUGAUUGGCGCACAACUAUCCCACCUGCCCCGGUAUGCUCGGAGCUUGGAGAAGUGCCAGGAGCUGCUCCGUGUGACCGCCGAGUCGCUCUCAUCUCUGCACAUCGAGCUACUAGGUCUUAUCUCCACGUUAGGAUUCCCCUCAGACUUGCCAAUUGAUCUUACACCAGCUGUAAAUCUGCGUGUCUUUUCAAUUUCCUUAUACCUCAAAAACUUGCAUAAAGCGGCAAUGGUUUUGUCUCGCGCGUUCCUUCCCAAACUGACCGAAAUUACGAUCGUCUUAAUCCCCCAUUCUACCCGGGCAUUAUUCUCGUCAAUUAUCCGGAAUACGCUGAAUGAAGUCGACAAGGACUCAUAUGCACUUCUUGACCAGGUUUUCUCUAGUCGUCAGUAUCCUGCCUUGAAAAGAGUCACCUUCAAGCUUCACUGUCAUACUCGGCGCAGCGAAGUGAUGGAGGUGAUAUCCGAGGAGUCCUGGGGGAGUCACUUUGCAUCUAGUCUCCCUGUUGUACAUGCCAGUGGACGACUUGCGUCUUUUGUGUCUGUUCAAGUGGAGGAGCUCGUAUAA